AUGGCGGCCUCCAGUGAUGAAACUCCGCCUCUAGACGAUGAUAACGAAAAUUCGUAUAAAAUAAUCAUUAUUGGUGGGGGAAUUUCUGGUAUUUCGGCUGCUAAUCAUCUCAUUGAAAAAGGGGAACAAAGUAUUAAAAUAUUAGAAGCGAGAAACAGAAUUGGAGGAAGAAUAAUUUCGGUUCCUAUGGGAGAUGUCUAUGUCAAUUUAGGAGCUCAGUGGAUUCAUGGUGUCUUGGGUAAUCCAGUUUAUGAAUUAGCAGUCUGUAAUGGUUUACUUAAUUUAACAAAUGAUCAAGAACCUCAUGCAGUAGUGGCAACAACAGAAGAUGGAAAACGAAUUCCUAUAAAUAUUGUGGAAGAAAUUUAUAGUGCAUAUUUUUGGUUUUGUAAACGUUGCGAAGAAUAUUUUCUUCUUCGUUUUCCACCCAUUCCAGAAGUUGGAAACAGUGUUGGAAAACAUUUAAAAAGAGAUAUAUGUGCUUACUUAGAACAGUUUAAAGACGAAGAUAAAGAAAUACGGAAAUUAAUAUUCAGACACCUUCUGAAUAGAGAAACUUGUAUCACAGGAUGCCAUUCAAUGGAUGAGACAGGUUUAAGUGAUUUUGGUAGUUAUACUGAACUCCCUGGAGGUAAUGUAACCUUGCCUGGAGGUUUUGCUUCUGUACUAGAAGUUUUAAUCAAGACUCUUCCAAAAGAUUGUAUAUUAAAACAACAUUCUGUUAAACAUAUUAAAUGGAAAAGAGAAUCUAAACACACAGAAGAUUGCUCAACAGUUGCAGAGGACUGUAAAUGCCAAAAUAUUAAUAAAAAUAUUGAAAUAGAAUGUACUAACGGGAAAAUCUUUUAUGCGGAUCAUGCCAUUGUGACAUUGCCUUUAGGUGUUUUGAAAACUGAAGCAAAUGAGAUUUUUAUUCCACCACUACCAGAAUAUAAAUUAGAAAGUAUAGAAAAACUGUGUUUUGGGGUGGUUGAUAAGAUUUUUCUUAGGUAUGAUAGACCAUUUCUAAAUCCGGAAAUUUCAGAAAUUUUAACAUUAUGGGGACCAACAGAUGAGAAAGAUUUAUCGAAGGUUUGGUUUAGAAAGAUUUAUUCGUUUAGUAAAAUUAGUGAGAAUAUUAUUUUAGCUUGGAUUUCUGGUAAAGAAGCUGAAUAUAUGGAAACUUUAACAGAAGAAGAAAUUUCAAAUGCUUUGACUUCUACUUUACAAAAGUUUCUCAAUGAUCCAUAUAUUCCUAAACCAUGUCAAGUCAUUUGUUCAUCUUGGAAAAGUCAAAUUUAUACUCAAGGUUCCUAUACUUCCAUUGGUGUAAAUAGCACACAGAGGGAUAUUGAGUUACUUGCUACACCUAUAUAUGCAAAUCCUUAUCAAACAAAACCAGUAUUAUUAUUUGCAGGAGAAGCAACACAUUCCAGUUUUUAUUCUACUACACACGGUGCUUAUCUUUCUGGUCAGAAAGCUGCAGAUCUUCUGGUGGAAGUAGAACAAGAUGUUACAGUAUCUACGUGGGACUCAUCGAAACCACGCUGUAGUGUCGGAGAUUUAUCGUCGUGGUUAAAAGGAAUUGAUCUAACUUAAUAGUUUUAGAAUUAUUAAUUUAUAUUUAGAAUUAUCUUAUAAAGCCUAACAAAUUUUAUUACUCUGAAGCUGUGAUAUUAGCUAUUAAUGUUGUUAUACUUAAAUUAUAUUAAUUUAUUAUAUUAGCAGAUAAUUUCUGCAAAAUUGAUUCUUGUGAAUUGUGAAGUAUUCAGUGAUACUAAAUCAUCAGGGUAAGUGGUAUUUGAUUGUUUGUAUUCAGACAGUAGUUGAAGAAUGGUGAUAUGUCAUUAUGGAAAACUCAAAUUUUUUAGAAAUGUUUAUAACAGUUUAUAUAAAGCAAAAGUAAGUGUAUAAAAUAUAUAAGUUGACUCAUAAAGUAUUGAUGAUCAAUUUGUUUAGAAAGGAUUUUAUAUUUCAUGGAAGAGCAUUGCUCUGUAAAUUAACUGUAAACUGAAAUACAAAUAUAGAAUUUGCAUUUCAUCUGUGCAAUUGAGAAUAUUUGCUUCAAUUUGCAUAAUUUUUCAAGUGUUAAUAUUUCCAAUUUCAAAUGAAGAAUUUAGAUGAUUGACGUAUAGUAAUGUUAUGUUUCUAUUUGCUCACUUACUUUUUAAAGUAUUAAAAAUAUAUCUCAUGUAAAGAAUAACUAAAUUACAUUUAAAAUCUCUUGAAAAUUUUACACACUUAUUAUCUGUAAGUAUACUUUUAUGAAUAUAAAAUACAUUGAACAGUGCACUUUUGAUUUAUGCAAUCUUAUUUUGUGUAAUUUCAAAAUAAUACAUCUUUACUAUGCAGAUAUAUAAUAAAACUUAAUUUGUUGUUUUUAUUUAAUCCUGUAAAAAAUCACAAAUUGAUCACAGUAGAUGAUGAUCAUAAGAUAUAUAUUUCUUACUGUACAAUAUGCUAUGAAAACCAUGUUAACUUAGAAAGAUUAAUUUUACAUUAAACAUUUUCAGUCUACAAAGUAGACUAUCUUCAAGAUUCUUUAAUUCUCAGAAUAAAUUUGAAAUAGCAAAUGUCUACGAGAAAUAAUCCUAAAGAUGGUUUAUAAAUUAGACUGAAAACAUUUAAUGCAAAAUUAAUUUUGUUGUUAAAUUGGUGUGCUUUUCAUAGUAUAUUGUUACAGAAGAAUGUAUAUUCUUUCAUUAUUGUUCAAUAUGCAUAACUUAACAAUUUUUGCUUAAUGUUUUUCUUAUGGUAAACUAAAACACCCACUCAAUAUUUGAGUAAAUACAAGAAAGACUUGCAAAACCAUUUAUUUAUCAUUAAUGUAGUGAGUAAAUGGUUUUGCAAGUGUUGCAUUUGGGGCUGGAUUUAACCCUUUUGUAGGCAAGCCUAGGAUGUCACUUUUUUUGACUAAAUGUAAAUGCUUCUAAUACAUGGAAUUUAAUUACAAAUUGCAUCAUGUUUAUGUUAUGAGUGGUUAAAGCUAUCUGUUUGAUGUAAAUAAAUAAAUUAUUUAAAUCAUUAUAUAAAUGACUUAAUUCCAAAUAUUGAAAUAUUUGUAUAAUUACUUUUUUGUGAAAUUCUUAUACUAUGCCUGCCAAUUUCUCCACCUCUCAAAAUUGGUACUCUGGACCCAUACCUACUGUGCCUAUUUAGAAAUCCAGUCCCACCUGUAUUGAUUAUUGAAGUGUGGAGUGAGAGUUUUGGUUUUCCACAAUGAAAAGUUAAGCAAGAAAUACAACAUGGCUCCAAAAAAAGAAGAUACUUCAUUUUAAUUAAUUAAUCUGCAUUAAAAUAAGCCAAAAAAUUGUUAUGCUGGUUACUAUUUAUGCACUCAGUCUGUUUCUGUAGGAUAACCGAUUUCAAUUUGCAUGAACCUUGAAUGCAUAAUCACAUGCAUAAUUAUUUAUGUAUGUGUUCCAGAAGUGCAUUGUGCUUAAAUAAUGACUGCACUGUAUAAUGUAUAAUGUAUUCUUGUUGUAAUCAUAUUGGAAAGAAAGUUUUAUAAAUGACAUUCAAAAUAUAGUCAAAUGAGACUUUUGGGUUAAGCUCCUUUGGAGUUUUGUGUGUGAUAUUUUAUUAAAUUUGUGUCUUAAUUUUGCACUGGUUUAAAAUAUUCUAUAAAAGUAACAUUAAUCAUAUGUUAAACAAGCAUAUAAUUUUAAAUUUGAAGUUAAUUUCAGUUACCAUCUUGUUUGAGAGAAGAUUUACAACUAUCUUUUUUGAAUAAACUUUACCCUUCUCUCAGCAACAGAUUCCCCCUAUCUGACCAGCAAGGUUGAAACAUUUAAAUAGGAACAUUAUUGGAGUGCAAUUUGAAAAUUGCAAACCUAUAAAUUUUCACUGGUGUCCCUAUAUCUUGAUUGCUAUGUAUUAGCUAAAUUCAAGUGCACUCACAUUCAGUGGUGUAACUCCUUGUACUUCACGACUUAAAUUUAAUGGAAGAUGAAUUAAUAACUACUGACAAAUAUAGUGCUUUAAAGGUAAUUUGAAUAACAAUGUAAACUGGUGGUAAUUGAGAGACAUAGACAGGGCUGCACACAAGCAGAGUACUUGCCUAGGGCUCCACGAUGCAACAAUAGAAGCUAAAAAUGUAUACAUUUUUAUUGCAAAAUAAUUUUAUUUUAAUAAUGUAAUUGAAUUAUAGUUGAUGUCAACUUUUUAUAAUUUAGGAAAAUAUUUUGUAACCAAAUAUCUUUUCUAUUUACACUUGACAAUGAAUAAAAAUUUUUUUAGAUGGCCUUGCUAAGAAAGUUCACCCAGAUCCCACACAAUUUAAAUUUGGCCCUGGAUAUAGCUAUGGUAAAUGACAAUAGAACCAAAUAGCAGUGGUUGUACUACAAUAGAAAUGCAAGUGUCCUGGAGUAGACCGUCCAGUCUCUAUUGCAUAGGAGAAACUGGACCUAUGAAAAAUUGUCAACACAUGACAAACAUAUAUGGACAAAACAUACUAAAUCUAGCCCAGCUGUAGGGUUUGUGAUUUUCAUCUAGUGAGUCAAAGAAACCACCAAAAGGUAGAUGAUUUCAAUCUGACCAAGAGAUACAACACACCAUUCUCACUUGGCUCUUUGGCUAUCUGUGACAUUUUUCAAACAGAAUCACAAAACUUGUGGGACAGUGGACAAUGGGAUAAAUACCUUAACAGUCAGAUUGAUUACAUAUAAGAUAAAAAAUGCACUUAUGUUAUAUUAUUGUUGGUCAAUUAUUAACUGAUUAUCCUUUAUAAAUUGCUAUAGAGAGAAAUAAAUAUAACUAUAAAAAUAUAUGAAAAUUGUUACAGAAAUUUCUUUUGUUUUUUAAUUAAAGGCAGAUUUAAAACCCAAAAGUCUCAUUUUCUAAUAAUUGUAGCUACUUUAAUCUGUGUCAGGAAAAUCUUUGCAUUUGUCAAUGUAAAUUUCCACAUUUCAGUAUUUUAUUAUAGUAUAGUAAUUUAUUUUUUAAGUACUUUUAUUAGUUUAUUUUACAUAUCAAUUUUAUAAUAUCUAUUAUUUACAUUACAAUUAUAGUGAAGACUUUUUUACUCUGGAAAUGUGAACAAUAUUUUAUUAAUUGUUUGCUUUCAAAUUAGCACAUCAAUAAAGACGAUUUGAAAUUUUGUUCAAGA